GUCAGCUAGCUGCAAAGUCUGCAUAGUUGCUCAUGGUAGUUUGGGGGGCGGAACAGAUUUGGUGAAUGGAAGUUCAAGGAAAAGAUUGAAAUAGCAGCGACCUUGAAAGACCUUGAGGAAGAUGGGGGAGAAGAAAUCUAAGCGACGUUGGUUUAUUCUCCUUGGAGCACAUAUAUCUAUGUUGGUAUAUGGGGCAACCUACCGAUCAUUUGGUGUGUUCCUGGUAGAGUGGAGGAGGUAUUUUGAUUCCUCUGUAGCUGAGAUAAGUGCCAUUGCCAGUGUUCUUGCUGCUUCACACCUCCUGUCAGGUUUCUUUGCUGGCCCAUUCAUGAUGAGAUGGGGCUGUCACAACACUCUUCUCAUUGGUGCAGCCUUUUCUAUCACUGGUACUAUAUGUAGUGUCUUUGCUGAUUCACCUAUCAUCUUGUGCUUUACAUCAGGGUUUCUUCCAGGUUUUGGAGUGGGGCUCAUCAAGAAUGCAGGUCAGGUGGUAGUGGCCCACCACUUCAAAAAGGGUUAUUCUCGUGCCAAUGGCUUUGUCAGUGCUGGUGUGGCCUUAGGAAUCAUGACUGUCCCUCCUCUUAUGCAAUUAUGUAUUGAUCAAUACAGUUGGAGGGGUGCUCUUCUCAUCUCAGCUGGCAUACAGGCUCAGGUCAUUCCUGCUGCUUUGGUAGCUAGACCACGUCCCAGAAAGAAAUCUGGAGUUCCGGCAAAGACAAAGCUUGAAGUGGAAACUGAAGGUGACGCAGCAGAGUUGGAACCACUUAAUGAGAGUUUGAGGACCAAAGAUCAUUCUUUACAUGGAAACCAGAUUGAGGAUGGACAGUCUGCAGAAUGUAUUAAGAGUGAUUCAACUGCAGUUGAGUCAUUGGGUGAAAGGACUGUUGAAGAUUCAGAUUCUACAUCAAAACAGACAUACACUGCUUCUGGCGCGACUGAGUCACUGUCUGAUUCAAGCAAGUUUGAACCCAACUCAAAGCCUGAUCAAGUGGACAAUGGAGACAUCAACAACUCAGGGGAACGUUCAGCCGAGACAAACGUUCAGGAAAACAGAACUAGUAAAUGUUCAUGGGUCAGGCGGUUUUUCAGAUCGUCUGGAUGGCCCCUCUUUGGAGAGAGCAUUGGGUUUACACUCUUCCAGAUAUGUCAAGUGACUAUUGGUGUGUGCUAUACUGCCAUCAUGACACACUUUGUUGCCAGUGCAGUGUACUCUGGUAUUGAAGAACAGCUGGCAUCGUUUCUUCUUUCUGCUCUCGGCAUAGGGAGUCUGAUUGCCCGUCUCUGUAAUGGAUGGGUCAUUGAUCUAAAGCUUAUAUCUCCAGAGCACCUUUACUCCAUCGCUAUGGCUAUCCUUGGCAUUAGUACAAUCCUCAGCCGAGCAUCACAGGUCUAUGGCUGGUAUAUCUUCAUAGCAUUUUUGUUUGGAGCUUCAACUGGUCUACUGAAAGCUCUUGUUCCUGUGGUUCUUAAGAAGUUUGUAGGAGUUGAGAAUCUAGCACCUGGUAUGGGAAUAUUCACCAUCUUUACUGGAAUAGGGGACUUCAUUGGACCCAUCUUUGCAGGUGCUCUUUACGACGCUAAGGAAACAUAUGACCUACCUUUCUACGUAGCUGGUUCGCUUCUUACUGUGUCAUCCUGCAUUCUCUUACUUGAACAUCCUCUCAGACGAUGUAGGCAGAGGUAUCAAGGUUUGAAGUCGCACGAAUCACAAGAGGAGUCAGCAGUGUAAAUUUGGCUUCAUGAUUUUUUUUUCCGUUCUAAUAUCCAUGUCCGUGGCCUUUUUUUCAUAAAAUAAAUAAUUGCUACAAUUCUGGGACACAUACGUGACCAGCCACUUAACAAUUAACAAUGGAUGAUUUCAAGUCCGUUGUUGGCCUUGGUGUUGGUGUUGAAAUCUGGAUUGCUUCCCCUAGCUCCCAAAUCUAUUCAGAGUUUGUAAA